UUAACUUUCCAUAGAUCUAUAUUAUGCUCCUCUCCAUUAUUCGCUCUCUUUCUCUCUGAUUCGUAGAAUCUCUUAAAUCACCGUAUCUCUCUCUAUUCUCUGUAAUAAAUUCUCCUAUUUAAUAAAGAAGAUACGGUACUUAUGUAUUGUAACAUAUAUUACUAAUAAGUUACCUUUUCUACGAAUUGUAACAGUAAUCUGCAUCUCCUUUUUGAACCCUAAAGGUCUUGAUCUAGGUUUUUUUUUGUGUGUGAACUCACUUGAGAGGGAAAUAAUGGCGAGCUCUUACUCUGCUCCAAUCGGAGCCACUCAGGUNGGUUCGUACUUUGUGCAACAAUAUUAUCAGGUACUUCAACAGCAACCUGAUUAUGUUCAUCAGUUUUAUACUGAUGCCAGCUCUAUUGUGAGAGUUGAUGGUGAUUCAAGUGAAUCGGCUUCUGCUCUUGUGCAAAUUCAUACUCUAAUCAUGUCAAUGAGUUUCUCUGGAAUUAAGAUCAAGACGAUAAAUUCUCUUGAAUCUUGGAAUGGCGGUGUUCUUGUUGUGGUCUCUGGUUCUGUCAAGCUGAAGGAUCUCAGUGGGUGGAGGAACUUUGUGCAAACAUUUCUUCUUGCACCUCAGGAGAAGGGUUACUUUGUUCUGAAUGAUGUCUUUCAUUUUGUUAAUGAGGAGGGGAGUGAGCUUCCUCAAGCACCAGUAGGUUUACAGAACAAUCUUGAUGCUCAACCAACUGCUUCUUAUCCUCUUGCAGAGCCACCAGCCCAUGACUAUGCCUUAGAGGUGGAGGCAAUUGAAUAUGUAAAUUCAGUUCAUAUACAAGGGAAUGAUGGUGUUGAAGAGUAUAGUUAUCCAGAGCAUGAUCACGAGCACCAAUCUGAAGCUGAGGCUGAGGCUGAGGCUGAGGCUGAGGCUGAUGAGCCUGAGGCAGAGUCUGAGGCUGAGGCUGAAGUGCCAGAGGAGGCUCAUUUGGGAGAAGAAACUGCUCAAGUAAGGUCAUUAGAGGAGGAAACUGCUUUGCCAAAUAAUGUGGUCAAAGUCGUGCCAGAGCCUGAGCCUGCUGCAGAAGAACCUGUUGGAGAGCCUUCAAAGUUUAGUUAUGCUGCUAUUUUAAGAGCUCCAAAAGGAAAACCCGCACCAUCAAUUCGUAUCCAGCCAUCUUAUACCCAGACUGCACCACCUGUUUUGGAGUGGCAACCUCCUGUUGAGCAGUCACGCUCCAUGUCCCCAGCUGUGCCGAAUGCCAGUCUUGACCUGGCAGAUGAAGGAUCAUCUCAAGAAGGGGAACCAAAGUCUGUCUACGUGAGGAAUUUGCCAUCUACUGUAUCUUCUCUUGAUAUUUUGCAAGAGUUUAAGAACUUUGGGAAGAUCAAGCAAGAUGGAGUAUUCUUAAGAAACCGCACGGAUGUUGGCGUUUGCUAUGCCUUUGUUGAGUUUGAAGAAGUCCAAGGUGUACAAAAUGCAAUCAAGGCAUCACCAAUACAGUUGGCUGGAAGGCAAGUCUACAUUGAGGAGAGGAGACCAAUCAGCAGUAGCACUUCUCGUGGAGGAGGAAGAUCAGGAAGGGGAAGAGGAAGAGGAGGUCGUCCUGGGGGGCGAACUUUUGGUAGGGGAAGCAAUCCAGAUGACAGAGUGAAGAGCAAUGGCUUUCGUGGUAUAUGAUGAUACUAGAGCAUGAAUGGCCAAACUUGCAUACUAAGUUACGAUUCUGGUGUUGGGAUCAAUAAGGAACGUGGUUACUGGUUAGCUUUUAUAUUUUUGAUGUUAUUGUCUUUCUAUGGAAGGAUUAUAUUGCUACCAGUUCUCUUUUCCCCGAGCAUUUGAGAGAGAUUUCCCCAUCUUUCUCCUGUAGCUUAAGGUGUGUUAGUAUUCUGCUCUUAAUUCUUUUUUGUCUUGCAAUUCUAGAGGCAAUACUUAUAUUUUUGGAGUCAUGCAAAGUGAGAAAUACUGAGCAUAGCUGAAAGUUUGGUCUAUGGGGUUAUCUAGUCCUCCACUUCUUUUC